AUGCGUCUGGAUCCUUCUUUAGUGAAGAAACUCCCUCAAACAAGCAUAUACUCUUUCCCGGAGGGCCUAGGCGAGAUCAUUACCGCUCUAGAGCGCCAGUUACUAGCCACACCAAACGUUGAGAUCUGGAAGAAUACUACAUGUGAACAGAUCCAAUGUGACGAUCCCUUUCAAAUUCACACGUCUUUUGCUAACCAACCGUUGAAAGCCGAUCGUAUUGUGGCUGCGAUACCAAGUGCCAAGCUCGCACCUUUGUUCCCAUCUUUGCCGCAUCUUGCUCACAAUCCUUCUGCGACUUUAGGCGUUGUGGAUGUUGUUCUCGCGCCUUCAGAUAAGUCAGAAGCAUACCCAUUACCUGUGAAGGGCUUUGGAUACCUUGUUCCCCGUUCAGCCACCAACAAUCCUCAUGGCAUUUUGGGUGUGGUGUUUGACAGUGAUGCUGUGCCGAAUCAAAAUAACCUUCAUCCGGACGGUACUCAAGCAUUUGUCAAAUUGACCGUCAUGAUUGGCGGUCCUUACUGGCAGCCUCUUACUACCCUACCGACAGAAGAGGAUGUCCAAGCACAAGCACUAGAAGCUUUAGAGUCGCAGCUUGGACUGCCAUCUUCUGUCAUUACCAAUGAUGUGCGCUUUGUCCGCACCCGCAUUCUGCGCCAAACCAUUCCGCAAUACCAAGUCGGUCAUCUCCAAAGAAUGCAAGAGCUAUAUAAAGCCAUGAUCAAUGAACCGACUCUCAAAGACCGUCUUUCCUUACUGGGAUACAGCUAUGGUGGUGUGGGUGUCAAUGACUGCGUUGCAAAUGCCAUGGACACUUGCGAAGCCAUUGUGCAUUACGAAGCUGGCGAGCGCUCUCCUGCCUGUAUCGAACAGUGUACAGGCUUAAGCGAGAUCACUCAAGCAUUGUAA